AUGCGCACGUACGAGAAGAUGGACAACGACGUCGACCAACUCGAUGACCUCGACGGCCACGGCGAAGUGAAAGAGUUCCACUUUCACGUCUACUUCUUCCAGUCCAACGCGGAGAGCCGGGCCGCGGCGCUCUCGCUCCGUGACGACAUCUUGCGCCUCACCGCCGAGGGCUACUUCCACGCCGUCCCACUGGCGACCUACAACGACGUUCCUCGCGGACCCCACCCGAUCGGUAGCUACGAGGUGUGGUGUCCCCGCGAGCGCUUCUCGCGCACAUACUCGUACUUUGCCACCCACCGCGGCAAGCUCUCCGUCCUCAUCCACCCCCUCACGCGCCAGGAGAUCCUGGAUCACACAGAGCGUGCAGCGUGGAUGGGUCCUUCGUUCACUCUCGACCUCUCUCAGCUGCGUACACUGCUUCCCAGCGUGCCGCUGCAGUAUCCCGAACUCGGUCUGGGGUACUCUCGUCCAGCCUCUGCCGGCGAGCCUACCGCAUAG